AUGCUCAAACAUGGCUCGGCCGACAUUCUGAGUUCUCUCGGGUUUUGCAUCCCCACCGCACCCCUCGGGUCUACAUGGGAAAUAACAACUGCAAACUCUGAUCAUUGCAUGGUUGCAUGCGAAAGAAACUGGAGGGUACCCGGCGAUAAGGAUGUAACUUGUCUGUAUGAAGACACGCAAAUGAUAUGCCAUGUACGUAACUUCGCGCAUUCCCCCGCUGAACCCGCCUCUAUGCAGCAAGCUCUCAGGCCCACCAAACCAGGAGGUCUUUGCCGUGAGUCCGACCUACCCAUGAAUAAGCGCAUAACUACCUCUAAUCAUCCACAAGAAGGCUUUCAGUCUGUUCGCCCUAUCAACUUCUCGAGACAACAACGUCGUGGACCAUCACGCAAGCGUUGCAACCACACAACCCAAAUCAAUGCCACCACCGCCAUGAAUGGGGUUAUUGGGCCAAGAAAAGAUGACCACGUCUCCGUUCACGCCUUGACCUUUUGA